UUUGCAUUUGAAGCCAAAGUUCUAAGGAUAUGUUGCAAGGCUUUAGUAUUUAAACCUUUUAUAAUCUACAAUUCAUAUUUUACCUGCUUUGCAUACUGUCGUGGUCGCUUGAUUGAAUAUUCUGAGAUGAAAGGAAGAGAGAAGGCCUAA